CGCUGUGAAAGACAUGGGGGCACGGCUUGUGCUGCUAUUGCAGGGUUUUGCUUGUCACUCACAGAUUUGACCACUUCCUGUUGAAGAGUUACUAGGACCCGCCUAGUUAUGAGUUCAGCACAGUCACAGGAGUAGACAGCUCUUCCUGCUUCAUUGAUAUAAUUAGGGUUCUUUAUGAGCAGUUCCCCAAAACCUUGGAUCCAGCUCUUGCCAUGUCAGAACUUCAUAUCUGUGUUCAACUAGCAGACCAGCCACUGGCUCCUAAAUCCAUUGUGCGCCUCCCUGGACCGGCUUCAUGCGGCCAUCAAGUGUCCGUGGUGAAACAGCUGAUCACAGCCAUGCUGCCCGAGUCAGUGCCUGACCCUGAGUUAAUUGAUUUGAUUUACUGUGGUCGCAGGCUUAAAGAUGACCAGACACUUGAAUUUUAUGGAGUUCAGUCUGGAAGCACAAUACAUAUUUUGCGCAGAGCAUGGCCAGAACCUCCACCUAGGUCUGAGCCAGUAGACAAAGUGGCUGCCAGCCGUGAAUUUCGAGCACUGCAUACAGCGCUGCACACAAGUUCUGCCUACCGGGAUGCUGUAUUCAAGCUCCUAGGCAACAGGGAAUCCUUGGAACAGAUAAUUGUGGCCACACCUGGCCUCAGUGCUGACCCUGUUGCCAUGGGAGUUCUACAAGAUAAAGACCUCUUCAUGGUGUUCACUGAUCCCAGCAUGCUAGACACACUGGUGUCAUCUCAUCCUGCCCUGGUAAAUGCAAUUAUACUGAUUCUACAUUCAGUGAGUGGCUCUUCUGCCUUACCACCUCCAGAUACAUCUGCUCACACAGUCCCUCCUGCCACUCUCCACAUGCCAGGUGGUUUUCUGUUUGAUGGUCUUUCAGAUGAAGAGGAUGAUUUUCCACAGCAAGCGGCUAGUUCUUUACCCUCCACUAGUACUUCUGGUCCACGUCCAGCUUCCCUUGGAUACACAGGAGCAGCCGGACCCCGUCCUAUCACGCAGAGUGAGCUUGCCACAGCUCUAGCACUUGCCAGUACCCCGGAGAGUAGCUCUCACACCCCAACUCCUGGAACCCAGGGUCACUCCUCUGGAACAUCCCCUAUGUCAUCCAGCGUGCAGUCAGGAACACCAAUUACAAAUGACUUGUUCAGCCAGGCUCUUCAGCAUGCUCUACAGGCCUCCAGCCAAACUCCGCUACAGAGUCAAUGGCAACCACAGCUCCAGCAAUUGCGUGAUAUGGGUAUCCGUGAUGAGGAACUCAGUCUGAGGGCUUUACAAGCUACUGGAGGGGACAUCCAGUCUGCCCUGGAACUUAUAUUUGCAGGAGGUGCUCUCUAAUGGCAAUUUUAACCUCCCGAGACUUGGCAGCGUCUGUUCCUCAUCUUUGUUACAAAUCAUUGGACUCAUUCAGCACAAAAAGGAAUGCUGCACAUUAUUUGGCAUUAUAAUUGUACAGAUUUUAAUCUUCGCCUUACCCCUAUUUAUUUAAAUUUGUAUUUGCAUGUAAACACUAUUAAAAUGUACCACAUUCCU